UACAUCUACACGAUUUGCUCAGACAGUCAGGCAGUUAACACACACACAAACACACACACUACACGUUUAUAAACAAAAUGGAACACAGAGUUGAGUUGUUGUUCGAUCCCUCAGUGGCAUUCAGGGUGGAGCGCAGAUCGGAAAACAGAGCAACCAAAGUGGAGGAGGAGGAGCCGCAUCUAACGAAGCAGCUCAAGAAGCACUACGGGAUUGAGGCAGAAGUUCUGGGGCUCCUUGUGAACCUGGAGCUGCGCUAUAAGGAAUACUACAAUCUAUAUCAGUGCGAAAUGAAGGCACAGAAGAUACUGAUUGAACGCAUAUGGCUGCUAACCCAGCGAUACCUGAUCCUGAUCAGUUCGGAGCAGAGCUGUCGGUAUCCCGAGGUCUACACCCUGUCCACCGAGGAGGCCAUCAUCAACGAGUACGAGGAAAAGUUGGAGGUUGUGCGGGCUUCGAACAACAAAAUGAAAAACGCCCUAAUGGAAAUCAAUCAGCAGUGCAAGGAGUUCUAUGCCGCCUACGAGCGUCUGGACAAGACCCAGGAAACGCCCUUCAUCAUCGGUGAUAGCCAUCAUAGAAGCAUCAGGUACCACAAGAUCAUGGCCGUCGACAUAUUCAACUACUUGUACGCCACAGUGCUGAAGCUCAAGUGCUUCAUGCACCAGCUGGAUCCCGUGAAUCUGGAAAGUGUCGAGGAGUACCGCGACCUCCUCCAAAACGAAUCCCUACUGGAGGAGUUCGAGGAGUAUCUGAAUGACCACUUUGUGUACUGCAAGUGCAUGUACCCGAUCCCAACCUGUCCCAUCUUGAAGCUGAAGUGUUCGCACCAAAACAUCACAAAUUUAAAGUAUGUCAGUCGCAUCUAAUCGAGCCAAAACGAGCAAAUAAACAGAAGCCCUAUAAAAAUAA